AUGUGGUGGAACAUUGACUACCUGAUAAUCUAUGAAUGCUCCAUGAUCUCCCGGGCAUUCCUAGCAAAGCUGUCAAGGCACCUCUCAAUUGCAAAGACAGGAGAGGAAAAUGGGGAUCGACCUUUUAGAGGAAUCAACUUUCCACCCGUGGCACAGAAGAGAAGUGCAGCAUUGUAUUAUGAAGUGGACAUCACAGCAGGAGACACAGUCGAAGACUGUUUGGGUCGACGCAUAUUCGAGGCAUUUGAAAUCAUAGUGCUGCUGAAGGAGCAAGUACGUGUGACGGAUAUGGUAUGGAUGCAAUUCCUUUGCCAUUUGAGACAUGGACAAGUACGGACUGAAGACAUCAAAAUGCUCAAGGAUCUUAUCAUCACCAGUCCCAGCAGCCCUCCCACAGAUUUCGAUUCAUCUGAGUGGGGUGAAGCGGCUUUGGUGACACCUCGCCAUUGUGUUUGUACGCAAUGGAACGAUGCUGCAGUGAAAAAGCACUGCGAACAUACUGGGGUUCAGCUUCUCAUCUCUCUCACAGAAGACUCUACCAACAGCAGACCUUUGACAUCAAGGGAACGAUUCACGAUGGCCAGCAAAAGAUCUAAGCACAAAGGAUGCAACGAGAAGGCAGGUCUGCCUGACGAAGUCCAAUUAGCUAUCGGAAUGAAGGUCAUGGUUAAUGUCAAUGUACAGACAGAGCUUGACAUAGUCGACAUCGUACUGCACCCUGACGAACCACCAAUACCGAAUUCUCCCAUCGUCAGAUUGCAAAAACCUCCACUUUUCGUUCUCGUCAAGCUCACGAGGAUGUGA